AUGGGCUCCGAGCGGGGCCGCUUCCAGGCCUUGUUGGACGAGCCCGGCUGGUUGGGCGACCUGCUGGGCUGCCUGGAGAACUUCACGGGCGUCAAGCGGUUUUACCUGGCCACAGGUUCCAUUGUUUCCCUGACACUCUACCUGAUGCUUGGAUAUGGCACAUCCCUGGUUUGCGACCUCAUCAGCUUCGUCUAUCCAGCAUAUGCCUCCAUGAAGGCCAUCGAGAGCCCCAGCAAAGAGGAUGACACCCUCUGGUUGACCUACUGGGUGGUCUACGGCAUCUUCAGCGUUGCCGAGUUCUUCUCCGACACCUUCCUCUACUGGUUCCCCUUCUACUACAUCAGCAAGUGCGUCUUCCUGCUGUGGUGCAUGACUCCCUUCCCGUGGAAUGGCUCCCGUGUGCUCUACCGCAGCCUCAUCCGCCCCUGGUUCCUCAAGCACCACCAGACCGUGGACGGCGUCCUCAACGACCUGAGUGCCCGGGCUGCUGGCGCUGCCUCCAUGGCAUCCCAGGAUGUGUCCCAGGAAGUCACCAAAUGAGCACUUUUCAUCGAGAACUGAGUGGCCCCUGUGUUAACUGCUGAGGAAAAAGAGAACUUCCAUUGUGGAUUAUUAUUUUUCCUGCCACUCUUGGAGCCUUUGGAAAUCUCUUCCUCGUGCACGCGCUCUCUCUCUCUCUCUUCCCCCCACCCCCUCCCUGUUUUUACCUCCCCACGGCACACUGCGCACCAGUGAUUUGGUUGCCCAUACCUGAAGAUGGCCUUGUGCUGCUUGGGAGCUGCAGCAGGGGGCUCUCUCGCUGCAUCGCACUCUGUGCAGAACCUUGCCUGCCUGCUUGCCUGCCAUCAGCUGGGGCAGCAGCCCCCAAGCCAGCUUCUCUCCCAGGCAGUGAAGUCGUGGUGGAGGCCGUGAUCUGCGCUACUUCCAGCUAAGGGCACGGGGGGUGGGGGGCAGGGAACCUGCAGGGCUGAGCAAAACCCGGCAAAUACUGGGAUGGCAGGGAGGCUCGGCUUGGCUUGGCUUUGUUUGCAGAGCAGAGCCUUGCAAGGAAAGGGGAAAUGUCCCAAGGGGUGCGUUUGGUCCGCCUCAGGUGAGAGGAUCUUUUCACACCCACGUAGUUUGAGGCGACCCACACGGUUCGUGUGCGGGCUGUGUAAAGCUUGAGUGCUUUUCCCCCACAAGGAAAUGGGGUCGCAAGAAGAUGUUUUCCAUUUGUCUGUUGUGACUGGACCUUCUUUUCCUCCUUGAGAAAAUUCAGCUUCUUGAAGUCAGGGUAACCAUCCUCCCCUGGGAGUGGAGUGAGGGAAAUUUCAUCAAAUGUCAUGGAACCGUCUCUUCCUCAAGUAUGAACUGAAACUUUAUAAAGUUGAAGAAUUAAAAAUCUUACAUAUUUACAC